ACUGCCAAGGUUUUGUCCAUAUUUGAGGAGCGUUAGACACAGCAUCUAAGAAGCUUGUUAAACUGAAUGACGCCGUAGAACAAAGCUUAAAUUCUUCGUAUAAUCAAUGGUACAUCUCUAGGACCAGCUUUGAUAACUCCGAUCUCUUUGGGAUCUCGAAAUCAAAGCCCUACAGACUAUCAAUAUGGCGUACUGCAGUUUGGCAUUUGUCUGGAUUGUUUUUGUGGUACCUUGGCUGACUUGUUCUUUGACUUCUGGCGAAAAGGAGCCCAAAUGUCUUGGGGAAUUUAAUAUUAUCUUUAUUCUAGACAAAUCCUCCAGUGUCCCAACAUAUAAUUUCCAAAAGCAAACUGUAAACUUUGUUGAGAACAUUACCAAUAGUUUUAUAAGUCCUGGAAUCUCAUUUAUUACAUUUUCUGGUCCUGGUGAAGCUAAAGUUGAAAUGGACUUAACAAGAGACAGAAACAAAAUAAAGAAGGGACUUGAGGACCUCCGCAAGGUACAACCUAAAGGAACCACGUACUUGGCUGGUGGAAUAGCAAAGGCAAAUGAUCAAAUAAUCAGAUUAGGUCAUCAGACUGCUAGUGUUGUACUUAUUGUUACAGAUGGCCGGGUUUAUGAUAUUCAGGAAUCAGUUCAGCAGGGAGACAAAGCAAGAUCGUUAGGUGCAUCCUUGAUAACAGUUGGUGUUGGAGCGUACGUACUGGAACAGCUUAAAGAAAUUGCCAACAAAACAUCCGAGCAAUUUGUCUUUGUUGGAGACAAGUUUGAUUCUUUAAGAGGCCUAAUCAAGACGAUUAUUGAAAAGGCGUGUAUUGAAAUAGUUUCAGCCGACCCUUCUGAAGUCUGCAUCGGUGUCAAUUACACGAUAACGUUGUCUGGGAGAGGAUUUACUAAGACAAAUAACUUAGACAAUGUCAUCUGUAGCUACAGGUUCAACGACACGUACCGCCAAGUUCAGAAACCCACGAUAGUCGAACCAAACCGGUUGGUGUGUCCAGGAUUCAUAGUAAAUGACACUGAUAGAACGAUCACUUUACAAGUGUCUGUGAAUAAAGGGCUGACAUUUGUGUCCAGCAAUGUCACCUUGAAAUCCUUGUCUUGUACAACACCAAUACCUACUUCAAUAUCAACUUCAAAUACAACUGCUGUUGUUGUUAAUCGGGGACCGCGUAGCAAAAGUAAUGUUGGCUUGGCUGUAUUCCUUGUGCUGUUAUUCCUUUUUCUCAUCUUGUUUCUUCUCUGGUGGUUCGCACCUCUUAUCUGUAAACCGAAACCAAAGCCAGCCAAGUACAAACCGGCACCACCGGCACCACCACGACCACCACCUCCACAAGCCAAAAAA